AUGCCUCUUGUUCAUUUGAGCCCCUACUGCCAACAACAAAAUUGUCCUAUCGCGGCUUCAUCAUCAUCAUCCACAACGCCACUCAUGUCAUCUUAUUCAACACCAGCACCAUCAUCUUCUUCUUCCAACACAUGUAGCGAUCCAAACAAUAUGAUUACACACACCACUAUCUCGUUACGUAAAAGACGAAUGCCUUGUCAACGAAGACGAAAAACUCAUUAUUGCUAUGGUUGCGAAGCUAAGGUGUGGGUACACUUGCAUAGUGACACGCUGGUUCCCAUCUGUCAUCGUUGUCUUGGUGCUUUUGUUGUAGCUAUACGUGAAGGGUCUUCUGCAUCGGUACAAGCAGCUCCUGCAUCGGCUCGUCAUCAUCAUCGUCAUCAUCAUCCACUUCCUACCCCUCCUACUCCACCAGCAUCAGCGGCAACAACAACAACAUCAACCAGUGUAUCGCCAAACAUCUGCACGCAAGACCCAUCAUCCCAUGUCUCCUUAUUUGAACGGCUUGUGCAUUGCUUUCCCAUCAAAAGAACAACCACCGCCACAACCACUACUUGCCCUGUCCCACGCCCACUGGAUUAUAAUGACGUUUGUCCCAUCUGCUAUGAUACCCUUGUUUCUCAACACGAACAACCUGUUCAUCUUGCUCCGUGCAUGCAUACCUUUCACAGGGCAUGUAUUGAGCAGUGGAUCUUAGGAUACAAGACAACGUGUCCCUAUUGUUGCCAACCCACAUCAUUAUCAAGGAUCCAAGCCAUCGAUACCAUGCAUUAG